CGUGGGUCCGCCUGACGUCACCGGCGCGCGCCGUCGUCACCGCAAGAUGGCGGCGCCCGGGUGGGGGUGAUCCGAACAAGGGAGGGAGCUUUCAGCCCUGAGAGUCCCUGCAUUUGAAAAGCUCCGGAAGGGCUGCAGAGAUCCUUCGACCGUCACCAUGUGGAACCAACCGGUUCUGGUGGAAUCGCUGGUGGUGUUUGCCAUCGUGCUUUGCGUGCACAGCGUGGUCUGGGACCGCUUCUCGUGGUCCGCCCUCGUCCUCGCCGUCCAAGCCUUCUACAUCCAGUUUAAGUGGGACCACCUCCUUCGCCUGGGUGGGGCUGUGUUCCAGUUCAGGACCACGGCCAACAGCGGCCUCCUCCCCUCCUGCAUGGUUAUCCCUCUGCUGGGCAUCGUGAUGAAGGAAAGGUGCCAAGUGGCUGGCAUUGUCUACUUCGAGCGCCUGGGCAUUGUCGUGGCCUGCACCGGCAUGAUGAUCGCCCUCUUCCUGUCGGUGAUCGCUUUGGGAAUUACUAAGCCGGUGCCAACGAACACCUGCGUGCUGACCGGGAUUGCCGGGACGCUGAUCAUCUACACCAUGAAGCAUUCCUUAACCAUCUCCGAAGUGAUCGAAGUGCUGGAGGUGUUGCUCAUUUUCGUCUACCUCAGCAUGAUCCUGCUGUACCUGUUGCCUCGGUGCUUCACCCCCGGGGAGGCCCUGCUGAUCCUCACCGGCCUGAGUUUCGUCCUCAACCAGCUCAUCAAGCGCUCUCUGAAUGUCAGCGAGAACCGAGGGAGCCCCGUGGACUUCUUCCUCCUAGUCGUGGUGGUGGGAGUGGUCCUGCUGGGCCUCUCCUUCGCCGUGCUGUUCUUCUUCAUGGAUUCCGCCACCUGGACCUCCUCCAUGUUUUUCCACAUGAUGACCGCCGUCCUGAGCCUCGGCGUGGUCAUGCCUUGGCUCUACCGCCUGAUCCGCAGGAAUCCCUUGACGUGGCUCUUCCAGUUGCUCUCCCAAACCCAGGUCAGAAUUCACCUGCUCUCCUACUGGACCCUCCUGGCUUCUCUGGCCUGCGCCAUCGUCCUCUAUCAAAACGUCAAGCGGUCCUCCGGCUCUAAAAAGCACCAAGCUUCAACCGUCACCCGGAAGUACUUCCAUUUCAUCGUGGUGGCCACUUACGUCCCUGGGCUGAUCUACGACCGGCAACUGUUGUAUGUGGCGGCCGUCAUCUGCCUGGCCGUCUUCAUUCUUCUUGAGUACAUCCGCUACUUCACCAUCAAGCCCUUCGGACAGACGCUGCGGCAGCUGCUCUCGCUGUUCUUGGACGAGCGGGACAGCGGGCCUUUGAUCUUGACUCACAUCUACCUUCUGCUCGGGAUGUCCUUCCCGGUGUGGCUGGUGCCGAGGCCGUGCGCCCCCAAAGGUGCCCUGACGGGGGCAGGAGCCCUGGCUCCAUACUCCGGGGUUCUGGCUGUAGGCGUGGGGGACUCGGUGGCGUCCAUCUUCGGCAGCACGAUGGGGGAAGUCAAAUGGCCCGGAACCAAGAAAACCUUUGAAGGAACCAUGUCGUCCAUAUUUGCCCAAAUCAUUGCGGUUGCCCUGAUUGUGAUUUUUGACAGUUCUGUGGACUUGAACGCCAGCUACUCCUGGAUCUUGGUCUCCAUUACCCUGGUGUCGUUUUUAGAAGCUUACACCACCCAGGUGGACAAUUUACUCUUGCCGCUCUACCUCCACAUCCUGUUCAUGCUUUAGCUACCCUUGAAGGGGAUAAAACUUCUCCCCCAGAGCGUAAUCAGAUACACCCGUACUGUCUUUCCUUGGUGUCUUUGGCCCAGGGUGGCAAAAGGCGACACCUCAGCCCGUCCCUGUAAGUGAUUGCACGUUGAUUAUUUAAAGCUGAAAUGUAAUCAG